AUGGACGAUCAGGCCCGGAUCGAGCCAACCAGAUGGGUGAGAGGCCAAGCCGAGGUCAGUGUCCUUUAUAUAACUGCACCUUUCUUUCUCUGUUUGGCUUUCCUUCCUGUCUCAAAGCAAAUAUUCUCAGGUCCCGCUCCUUUUUCAGGUUUCGCCCUUCUUUCUUAUCAGUUCGGAUAGUUUUGGGCGGUUAGGUAGCCGAUGCAGGGGAAAGAAACAUUCAGGGGGCCAAUCAUUCUUUGUCUUGGGGAAAGCGCGGGAAUAAAUGGACGUCUAUCUUUGGAAUAGUUCGGACCUCGUAACCUAACCUCUUGGGUGACCUUGUGCCUACCAAAACUCUGCUCUUAAGCAUCUUUCGUUCAUUAUAGAGAGCUGGAGAAAGGCCAACGAACGCGGGUUAAAGGGCGAUCUGCCGGAUCCUUUUUUCCACUGUCUCCCGAUCAGAUCAGCCAAAAGUCGCUCUUAAGAGACUGCCAGCCCCCCCCUGAGCCCGCCAUCAAUGCACAAAAAUUCCAUUUUGACGCCCUAAUUACAUAAAUGACCUCCAAGAUACGACGCGGCUUGGCGGUUAUGCAUUUUGUGUGUCUAAUUUUAUCCAUUAUCACUUUUAGUAUCGCUUCUUUCGCUAUUUGGCCAAAAAAGUUUCGGCUUUAAACAAAAGAAUAGGCCAGUCGUUUUUAAUACCCCCUAAUCGUUUUUGUCGCUUCAGAUCCCUUGGGUCAGCAAAAUGAGAACGGUACCAAUGCCUUCAGGGCCGGUACUUGUUCUUCUAUUGCUGCCACUGGCAAUCGGACAGCCGGCUGAGAAAACACCCAGCAUUGAUCCUCAUCAUUACCAGCCAGGUGAGUCAUUUGAAUAAGAGCUUAACUUUCUAAAUGGUUUUGACUUCUAAAUGAAUGUAACUUUAGCCCUGAACCCUUGUUAUGACGAGGCUAAUCAGCCCCAACGUUGUGUCCCAGACUUUAUCAAUGCAGCCUUCAAUCUUCAUGUUGAAGCGACGAAUACUUGUGGUGAAAGAGCGCCCACAACUUAUUGUGUCCAAACAGGACAUAUGGGUCUGAAAAAGGUCUGUGAAGUGUGUGAUGCCCGAGUUCCCCAUCUAUCGCAUCCAACUACUUAUCUGACUGACUUCAACAAUCCGGACAAUGAAACGUGGUGGCAAUCUGACACCAUGCUUGAAGGAAUGCAAUAUCCAACUUCAAUCAACUUAACAUUGAAGCUGAACAAGGCCUAUGACAUCACUUAUACAAGAAUCAAGUUCGUCAGUCCAAGACCCGAAAGUUUUGCCAUUUACAAGAAAACACAUUCCGACUCUGAAUGGGAGCCCUGGCAAUAUUACUCUGGUUCUUGCCUGGCCACGUACAAAUUGCCCGAUCGUUCUCCCAUUCUCCCAAACAACGAAGCCCAGGCCAUUUGUACUCGGGAGUUCUCUGACAUCUCUCCAAUUACUGGAGCUACAAUCGCCUUUUCAACCCUCGAUGGACGCCCCUCAGCCGAGAACUUUGAAGAAUCAGAAGUCCUUCAAGAAUGGGUUACAGCCACUGAGAUUAGGAUUACUUUGACCAGGAUUAAUUCGUAUGGAGAUGAGAUCUUCAGAGAUCCCCGAGUCCUGCGUUCUUAUUAUUAUGCCAUCUCUGACUUUGCCGUUGGUGGACGAUGUAAAUGUAACGGGCAUGCAAGUGAAUGUGUCAGAUCUACUGGAGAAACAACCAACCAGUUGGUUUGUAAUUGUAAACACAACACAGCUGGUGUGGAUUGCGAGAAAUGUUCUCCAUUCCACGUAGAUCGCCCUUGGAGACCCGCUACUUCAACUGAUGCCAAUGAAUGUGUCGGUAAGUGAUGAUGUGACAUUACCGAAAAAUUGUAAUUCUUUAGAAUGUAAUUGUAAUGGUAUGGCCAAUCGAUGCUUCUUCGACGAGAAACUUUACAAUGAAACGGGACAUGGAGGUCAUUGCAUUGAUUGUGUUCAAAAUACUCAGGUAAGCCAUCGUAUUCAUGUUGGUUACAUUAGUCUUUAGGGUCCUCAUUGUGAAGAAUGUGUUCCAAAUAACUACCGUCGUCCUGGGGAUCGCGGCUGCACGGCUUGUAACUGUAAUCCUUUAGGAUCAGAAAGCGAACAGUGUGAUGAUAAUGGGCAAUGUAGGUGUAAGCCUGGAGUCACCGGUCAGCAUUGUGACCAAUGUAUGAAUGGAUUCUACGAUUUCAGUGCUUCUGGAUGCAAGUAAGUGGACAUAUACUAGUCUUUCUGGAAAGUCGCCGGACUGAAAUCGGCGACAUGCACUGUGCGAAAACAAAAUUUUUGUUUGCAUUGUGCAAUUUCUUGCUUUUUGCACCGUUCAAUAGGCUUUUUGGGCUGUCGCUUGCGCCCUAAAUUUUUUCGCACAGCACAAACGCUUAAAUUCAGUCCGGCGACUUUCCGGAAGAGCUAGUAUCUUUCUUAUAAAUUUAUAUUAUUUUAGAGACUGCCACUGUGAACUAGCUGGUUCAGAUCAUAAUACUCCUCGCUGCUCUGCUUCCGAUGGUCGUUGUGCGUGUAAAGCUAAUGUGGAAGGACAACGAUGUGACAAAUGUAAGCCUGGAUACUUUAACCUGGACCUCGAGAAUGUCUUCGGAUGUUCGCCUUGUUUCUGUUAUGGCCAUUCCUCUGUUUGCCAGCAAAGUGAUGGCUAUUAUGCAUUCAACGAGAGCUCUCGAUUCGAAGAGGGAAUCGAGCAAUGGAAAGGCGGAGUCUCCGAACAUCAUCCAGUGGAUGUUCAAUGGGCCCAGCUCGACAAAGCGGUCGCUGUGACUCAAUACGAUGAAAGUCCAGUCUAUUUCUACGUUCCAGAGAAGUUUUUGGGAGAUCAGAGGUUUGCUUACAAUCAAGAUAUUGGCUUUACCCUGAGAGUUCAACAAGGACAGCCUCAGCCAACAGUCAAGGAUAUUGUUCUGGUUGGAGCCAAUGGUCGAGAACUCUCCCUCCCGAUCUUCUCUCAAAACAACUCCCUACCGAAUAUCAAUGAGGUCAACUACCGAUUUAAACUUCAUGCCAACCAAAUCUAUCAAUGGAGUCCGUCUCUUCGAGAGGUUGACUUUAUCAGUGUUUUGGCAAAUCUGACUGCCAUCAAGAUCCGCGGUACCUAUGGUCGAAAUGAUGUUGGCUUUUUGUCCAAUUUCUACAUCGGAUCAGCUGGAUUGAUCGUUCCAGAGAAUGUGGAGAGUAAAGAAGCGAAGUGGGUAGAGAGUUGCAAAUGUGGAGAAGGAUUCGUUGGCCAAUUCUGUGAAUCUUGUGAAGCCGGCUACAAACGAAUUAUCAAAUUCGGAGGUCCAACCGCCAAGUGUAUCAAAUGUGAAUGCAACGAGCAUUCGGAUUCCUGCGAUGCCGAAUCCGGAGUCUGUAUUUGUAAUCACAACACUGACGGAGACAAUUGCGAACGUUGUUCUCGAGGAUACUAUGGAGAUGCUCUCAACGGGACUCCCGAUGAUUGCAAACAAUGCGAUUGCCCCGAGGGAGGACCUUGCAUGUUGCUGCCAGAUGGUACUACAACUUGCACUGAAUGCCCUGAGGGAUAUCAAGGAAAGAAGUGUGAUGAAUGUGCUGAUGAAUACUACGGAAAUCCAGACGAUGGAGGGGUUUGCAAGAAGUGUGAAUGCAAUGAUAAUGUGGACACUAAUGCCGUCGGAAUUUGCGACACGUAAGCUAAACAUCUUUAUAACAUAUGUAUUUAGAAUUACUGGAGAAUGCAAAAAGUGUAUCCACCAUACCACUGGAUUCAAUUGCGAGAAAUGUGCCCCCGGCUAUUGGGGAGAUGCUCUGGCCGAACCAAAGGGGGACUGUAAACCUUGUAAUUGUUACACUCCUGGAACCAAGAGACCCACUAUUGACUACAAUCUCCUUGAAUGUAAUCAGGAAGACGGUAAAUGUGACUGUCAACCCAAUGUCAUCGGCCAGUACUGUGAAAAAUGUCAAGUAAAUAUGGAUGUUCUUUAUGAAGACUUCUUUUUCAGGAAGGAUUCUUCAACCUUACAUCUGGAAAUGGUUGUGAAAGCUGUGACUGCGACCCCAUUGGCAGCCUGAACACGACUUGUGACAUGGUUACUGGAGGUUGCCAAUGCAAAGCUGGAGUCACUGGAAGGAAAUGUGACCAAUGCGCUCCUUAUCACUUUGGAUUCGGCUCCGAAGGAUGUAAACCAUGUGACUGCGACCAGUUGGGAUCAGAAUCCAGAGAAUGUGACGUCAACACUGGUCAAUGUCUCUGCAAAAAUAAUGUGGAAGGAAGAAGAUGUGACCAGUGUUCUGAGAACAAGUACGACCUUCGCAGUGGAUGCCCAUCUUGUGACGACUGUUACACUCUCAUUCAGAAGCGAAAGAAUACUCUCAAUGGAAGUAUUACUACCUUGAGAGAGAAUUUAGACGAGAUUCAGAACAAUCCAGUCAAGGUUGAGGAUUCUGAAUUCGAUGCCCGGGUCAGCGAAGUCAAGGGAGAAGUGGAAGAGCUGAAUUCGAAGGCCAAGUCCAAGCUCGGUAGGUGUCACUUCUUAAAAUUUCAUUCUCUUAUAGAUGGAAAUGACGUCAAACUGUUGGGUCAAGUAGAUGUCGUCAAACGGAACCUAGCAGAAGCUUCUGAGGCUGUUUCCAACAUCAGACACAAUCUUGACGACAUAGACAAUAAAGCAGCGUAUGUUGAACUUGAAAGACAACGACUAGCUCUCGAGAACGAGGCAAUUGAGAGAGAAUUAGACAAUGCGAUCAGCUAUGUGGAGAGAGAAGGAGAUGUUCAGCUUGGAAAGGCCAGAGAAGCCGCUGACAGGUUCGGCGACAAAUCUCAGAAACUCUCGGAAUUGGCAAAGGAAUCAAAGAAAUUGGUCAAAGACCAGACCGAAAAGAAGGAUAACAUCGAGAAAUUGGCUGAAGACGCGUCAAGCAAGUCGAAACAAGCCCUGAACGAGGCCCAUGAAGCUAUCUAUGGAGCAUCAGCCACCAGUCAACAAAUCGCAACCCUCCAAAAACAACUGGAAGUAACAUCCGAGAAGUUGAAUAACACCAAGGAACUGGCCGAAGAACAAAUUAGAGAAGCCGACGCCAUUUAUAAUGAAGCGGCACAAACAUUGAGUGUAGUUGAGGGAACAAAGCUCCCUGAUAUCAUCCCGGAUGAAAUCAAGGAGAAUGCUGGACUUCAGAAAGAAGAAUCACAACUCUCUUUGACUGAUGCCAAUGAGAAGAUCGAGGAGCAAAAAGAAACCCUACAAGACGCUCAAAGGACAUUAGCCGAAGCUGCGGAUAAACUGAGAGAAGCUAAAAUUCAACAAGAGGCAAGUUGUCUUGUAAAAAACAAAUAACUACAUAUAUUAUAGGCACCUAUUAUUAUAAUUAUUUGUGAAUUUCUAGGAGACUGAUCGGAUCCUUGCUGAAGUUGAGAAAAGCCGAGACGACGCCAAGGAUGCGUUCGAUGAAGCCACAAAAACUUGGAACGAAGCCGAACAGUCCUUCAACUCUCUCAGCGACUUCAGCCAAAACAUCGAUGCCUCAAAGGCGGAGGCCCUCAGACAACUGGAACAACUCUCAAAGAUCCAAGACCAAAUCAAAGAUGCCGAACAGAUCACCGCGAAUACUGAGCAAGACAUUGGAAACGCCAAUUCAGACGCCAAUGAGUCACUCCAGCUGGCGCAAAAAGCUCGGGAAGACGCAAAAAUCCUCGCAGAGGUAACAAUGCGCAAUAAUUUUCUUGAUUGACAUUUUGCCAAUCUGAGACUUAAUGUCAAAAAAUAUUGAUUUUUUAGGAAGCCGAGAAAUUGCGAGCGGAUACCACAGCCACCAAAACUAAAGCAGAAGAAAAGAAAAAGAUUCUGGAAGAGACCCUGGCCAAUAUUCAGAAGUUGGAAUCCACUACAGGAGAAUUCGAAAAUCAAGCCCAAAGUGACAGCGAGAAGUCUACCGAGAUUCUAAGAAAUGCGAUUGUUGCCGAAACCGCUGCUAAAAACCUUCAAUCGAAUUUUAACAAAUCAGAAGUACAACUUAAUAAUGCUCUUUCCUUGCUUAGUAAGUGCUUACAACCUUAUUCUACAACGUAUCCGUUUCAAAACAUUAUUUUUUUAUUCCUUUAGAUUCUCUGGAAAACGUGAAUGAUGAACAAUUGGAGGAAUUAGAAAGAUUGCUAGAUGAAGCGGAGAAACAAUACGCAGAAGCGUCGCUAGACAAGUUGGUAAAGGAGGAGCUGAACAAGAAGGCUGAACAAGAUAAGGUUCUGCUUAAACGGGAAGUAGACAACCUCUCCAAACAACUCGAAAAACUACGGAAUGUAUUUGAAUCACUGCCAACAAGAUGUUUAAAUACGGUCAGCCUCGAACAGGAGGGUCAGAAAUAG